ACUUGUCAACUCAACGAUCGAGCAUGUAAUUCCCCCCUCAGGAUCCACGGCUUCCUUUGUUCCGGUCUCCUCUCAGCCUCUCCUUUGGAAAAACACAAAGGAGAGAGAGAGAGAGGGAAAGGGAGACAGAGGUCCGUGUAAAUCAGUUCCACUCAUUUGAAUCUUUUCUUCGGAUUCCGAAGAAAUCCCUGCACAGAGAAGAAACCCCAUAUCUCCGAUGUCCCGUUUAAGCAACGACAGAAUCUUUUCCCGCUCUGAAAUGCCAUGUAGCUGUGUAGCUCUUACAGAAGGAGAAGAAGAAAAACCCGAGAAGCUUUCCCCCUGGAAACACCCAAAGUAUCGAUUGGAGAAGAUAUUCCCGGUCUACGCGAUGGGUUGUUUGACUUUGGAAGAUGUGGGCCCCGCGGCGGCCACAGGUGCGAAUUCGCUCGAGUCUAAUGCGGACCCCAUCUGGGAUGCAAUGAGAACGGAGGCGAAGUCGGAGGCAGAGAAGGAGCCACUUUUAAGCAGUUUUUUGUACGCCAGUAUUUUAUCUCAUGAUUGUAUGGAGAAGGCAUUGGGGUUUGUCCUUGCUAAUCAGCUCCAGAAUCCGACACUCUUGGCUACACAACUUAUGGAUAUCUUUGAUGACAUAAUGAUGCAUGAUAAAGGUAUUCAACGCUCAAUUCGUCAUGAUGUUCAGGCAUUUAAAGAUAGGGAUCCGUCAUGCAUGUCAUAUACCUGGGCGUUGUUGUACCUUAAGGGUUACCAUUCAUUGCAAUCAUAUCGGAUAGCACACGUGCUGUGGAAUAAAGGACGCAAAGUCUUGGCCUUGGCGUUGCAAAGCCGGAUAAGUGAGGUUUUUGCAGUGGAUAUCCACCCAGCUGCAAAAAUUGGAGAGGGAAUAUUAUUGGACCAUGGGACAGGUGUUGUUAUUGGUGAAACUGCCAUUGUAGGAAAUAGAGUUUCAUUAAUGCAGGGUGUAACGUUAGGAGGAACUGGAAAAGAAAUAGGAGAUCGUCAUCCUAAGAUUGGUCAAGGUGCACUUAUUGGAGCCAGUGCAACUAUUCUUGGUAAUAUUACUAUAGGUGAAGGGGCGAUGGUUGCAGCUGGUUCUCUUGUAUUAAAGAGCAUUCCUCCACACAGCAUGGCUGCAGGAAACCCGGCGAAGGUGGUUGGAUAUGUUGAAGAUCAAUACCCGGCCUUGACAAUGAAGCACGAUGCCACAAAAGAAUUUUUUGAACAAGUAGCUGUUGGCUCUAUAGAAGGAAGAUCUAAUGCUGCUGUGUGUGAAAUGUUUCGUGUGGUCCAUGCAUCGAGUGGGAGAGACUUGUAUGUGGGAACAUGAUUGCUGGCAACAUUUUUUAAAGGAUCCAUUGUUUUUUCUAUGUGGGCACUGCUUGAUUUUUGGCUAUUUUUGGGCCAGGCUACGUAUGCAGUGUGGUCGUUUGAAUUGUGGCUUGGAUGUCCCACUUAUUUCCUCCUCUCUCAAAUUUCCUAGUGGGAUGUGAUUCAGUGAGGGCCUCUCAUGUGAGGUCUAAGCAGAUGGGGCACGUGUGAGAGACGUAGACCGUUAAUCUGGUAGGGUACAUUGUGAGCACGCCAUAAUCCAAAAAUAAUGUUGGUCUGCUCAUCAGGCAAGUCAAACUUGGAAAUGGCUGUUAGAUAUUGUGGGUUUGAAGGCACGCUUGAAGAGCUUCGUGGUCAUGGUGUUUUGAAUGAAAUUGCAAAUAAGGUCUGGAGAUCAUGGACACCUUACAUGCUUGGGUUUUCGUUAGGGCUGUCGAUGGGUAUCUAAUAGAAUCUGUCCAAUCGUAAUGGGUGUGGGUCCCCUCCUUUGGAGCUGUUAAUCAGGUCAGGUUCGGGCCUCACCUUUUGGACUGCGUUAAACGAACCGGGUCUAGUUGGGUUCAGCUCAGGUCCAUCACACAUGGACCCAGUUAAAGUCAGGUUGGGUCUGGUCUAAAUUCCAAUGAUGGCAUAGGUCCAAUUUUAGACAAACAUCUGGCUUACCCAGCAGGUGAACCGGCUAAGUUUUCUAGCCAUAGAAUGAUUUAUGCGAGUCCUGAACUGAUGAGUCAUUUUCCUUAUUAUUAUUAUCAUU